GCGAGAAUAUAUAGCACACAUCAGUUUAGUUUCCCUCCUAGCAGUCAGAGACCCGCCAAACUUGGAAGAGUAAGGACUGCAAAUACAAUCUUGGAAGGAUACAAUACAAGCAUUUCCUCAGUGCUUUUAGUUCAACAGUGGCGGUCGUCCGAGUUGGUCGUGUGGACAGUGUUGUGCUUUUAACUCAUAUAUAUAACACAGAAAUAUAUAUAGCACAUCUUGAGAUCACAGUGCUCAAAGUGAGUGGAAUAUUUUCUUAGAGCAAUCAACAAAAAAGAAAAAUAUCGCAAAACCACCCACAUUUUGCGAACAAUUUGUUCAACCACGAGUGCGAAACAUUUUGCAGAAGGAAGAGAACAGAUGAAAAGAAAGUUUGUGUAAAACGCUUUUUUUGAGGCCAAAGUAGAAGAGAUAAAGUGCAAGUGAGGGAUAAAUCUAUCGCGCCGCAGCGGAGUUUCAGCGAUAAAUUAUCAACAAAAAAAAAAGAGUUUGUGCACAAAAGCGAUCCGGUGGAACCUGCUGACCCCGACCAUUCUGUGGGCAACAGCUUAAUUAAAUGAUUGUGUGAGAAGUAGCAUCAGCCAAAAAAGACCCCAUCGAAUUUGCACGAGUAUAGCGGUGAAUUUGGAGCAACGUACGACAUUCGCAAAUACUUUUCGUGGAACAUGAUGUCCACGGUGCCGGCGACGUCGAAGGGGAAGCGUCCCCUUCGACAUCUAACAGCCAGCGACAAGAUCGACGCCAUCCAGCGGAUUCACGAUGGCGAGAGUAAGGCUUCUGUGGCGCGUGACAUUGGCGUACCGGAGUCAACUCUGCGUGGAUGGUGCAAGAAUGAAGAAAAGCUUCGCUAUAUGUCCCGCCAAUCCACCCCUGAUAAACCAACAGCGGACAAAAUGAUGGAUAAACUCGAUGCAGCUCUUGUUGCUGCUGCAGCAGCAUCGGAGUUGCUUAAUGGCCCACCGGAGAAGCGACAAAAGCUGGACACAUCCCUCCCGCUUAACUUCUCCGCAAAUGGGAAGCUAAAGUACGAUGAUCCGUACAAGAGAUCUUCACUCAAUGGGCUGGAUUUGAGUGAUCACAAAGGGCUCAAUGGGAGUGAGCUGCACCUCAAUGGAUUGGGUGCAGACUACAGUACAUUCGCCAAGACGGCAGCUGAUCUGUCUGCAAUGCAGGGCAAAAGCAAGGAUAUGAGUCUCAAAGGGUAUGGUGCUGAUCUGUCAAAGCCCAAUGAUCCAUCAAAGGCAGAUCUCUCAAUGGCAGCCAUUAGUCCACUGUCCAAUCUCACACAAUUCUCCUCAGUGGGUGGCUUGGGUACCAGCCCACUUGCUCUCAGCUUCAAUGACAUUGCUGCCAACCUGAAUAUCCUGGCUCAGCUGCAGAAUCCCGCACUUGCUGGAAUGUCUGGUUUGGGAUCACUAAGUUCCUCAUCGCAAUCACUUCGCUCUGCACGCCCCAAGAGCUCAACAGCGCAGAGUGUUCGAAGUGAUCUGGAGAAGAAUCAAGGAUUGACAGUGAAGAAUUUGGCCAAGCUGCAGCAUAAGAAUUCAGUUUCGGCAGCAAAUGAUUUGCUGAGCAUGGGGCUCGAUAAGGGCAAAUACAAGAUGACUAGCCCAUCUGGGCUGAAUCGUGAUGCUCCCAUGGAUGAUUCACUGUGGUACUGGCUAAAGUCGCAACAAUCAAUGCUCGGGAUCGGUAGCCUGUACUCCGCCAUGCCCCAAACUUCUAGUCCGCUGCGAUCUACGCCGCCAUCUCAGAGCAUGGCUGCCAAUCACACUCCUACCCCACCUGUGACAUCAUCCCCGCAGAUCACGCCACCUUCGUCAACGCCAUCUGGCGCCUCCGAUGAUGCCAAGAAUCAGAUGUGGCUGUGGAAUUGGUACAAAUCCAUGGGUGCCAGCUUGAUGGGGAAUGACAAGCAAUACAUGCAGCCGCAGACUUCUGUGAGUGGCUCCAGUCCUGGUAUGGGACAAUUGCCGCACUCUACGAAUGGGAUGCUAAAUGGGGGAUCAAAGCAGCAGAAUCUCUACAAUAACAUCCUCUUCUCGCAGCUGACAAAGAACGAAGCAAUUGUAACCAAGACAGAACCAGAAGAUCUAUCGCAACACCCACCGGUUUCACAGUCUGCAACUACAACUGCAACAUCGGGCGAAGAGGAGCGGCUACAGGCGGAGGAGACACACAUUACACCCUUGCCAUUGGCUUCGGAUACGUCAUCCACGGCGAAGGAGGAUGCCGAAGAGAGUGGGAAGAUCAGCGAAUCCCCAAAUCCGGAUGCAAAUGGCGGUGGUGCAACUUCUAGUGCUGCAGAAGGAACUCCAGAUGAGAAGUCAUUGACAAAGGUGCGUGCUGUGCUCGAUGAUCUUCUCUUUCACAACAACAACAAUGAGAUUAAGAGUGAGGGUUCAGCGGCAUCAAGCCCUGAGUGUAGCGUAGGUUAUGUAGAAGCAGUGGAGCAUGGUGAGAAGUUCCUGCAGUGGCUGGAAACAUGCAGUGAUCCCAAUAUCACGGCAAUGCAGGUGAUGCAAUUCCGCUACCUGCUGCAGAGUAUUCGAUUGAGCCUCAAUCGUUCCACACGGGAAGAGCCACGCGUGAAGAUCCGCCGGCGUAAAUAGGGUCAACCCCACCGAGCCGCGUCGCCAGGGACUGAUGAGGAACCCGACGACGAAGACACGGACAGCUGGUAUGAUGACUUCAACGAGGAGGAGGAUGACGAUAUGGCGGAUGCGGUGGAGGAUGACUUCGAAAACAACGAAGACACCCAACAUGAACUCUUUUACCCACCAUCUCCGAUCUAAGGCAACCAAACGGGGACAGCCUGACUUCUUUGGAAAACCAUUAAAUUAUGUAAAUAUCUAAACGCAGGAACUUCCAAAAAAUCAUGUUUUAUGUGCAUAUAAAUACUUAUGUAUAGAAUUAAAAGAAAAUGAAAAGAAACUGAAGAAUCUCCUGUAUACUCUAUCCCACGCUAGUUGAAUAUUUCAUGAAGAAAGAAAAAAAUCUAUAACUUAAAAAAAACUAAUCAAUAACCUAAAAUCAAUACUGUACCAAUUACUUAGUAAGCUUCUCCUUCAGAAUUCUUAAUUUUUCAAUUAACAAGAAAAAACUUUCUAUGCUAAAAACUUUUCUUGAAAUAUCCCGAAUAAAAAAAUUUGUGUAGAAUUUAGUGAAUCGUACAAAAAAUACGAAUUUACCGUGAAAUAAAUGAAAUGAAACUCAAAGAUCUCCCAAAAAAAUAUACAUUCAACAAAUCCACUAAGAAAGAAUCCAAAGAUGAAAUUCAAGUAUUCAAUUAAUGUGUAAUUUUAUGGUAUAAACGUAGAGGAUGUUUGUAAUAGCGAUGAGGAAGAUAUCACAUGUGAAGGAUUUAGCUUAAAAAUUAAAACUUAAUAUAUCAUGUAAAUAGAAGAAGAAAAAAAAUACAUUUCAAAACUUAUCGUUGAAGCAUCACACUGAAAUCACGUAAAAAAUAUAUAUCGCAAUGUAUCAUGAAAAGAAAA